AUGGAGCAGAGGCUCUGUGUGUUGCAGUCGAAAACGGUUCGCGAACGCGCGUACGUAGCGCCGAUAACAGGCCACUCUCGUCGGUUAGGCGGGAAAUUUGCAUUUAAAAUGGGGCUGGUGUUAGUGUUGGUGGCCGCUUUGGUGGGGGCAGUGUGCGGGGAGGAACCUCCCGGCCGUGCGGCGGAACCGCGCCGGAUCGACUCCGGAAACAAUGGCUUGGAGAAUACAGACCUGGUCCUCGCAUUUGUGAUAUUUCGCCAUGGAGACCGCACGCCUGACAAUGAAGAGCUGGAUUUGUUUCCAUCUGAGGAACAUCUGUCAGACAGCAUUUUCUUCCCCUAUGGGAAGAAAGCAUUGACGAACAAAGGCAAACAACGCAGCUACUUCGUUGGUAAGUAUCUGCGAGAGCUUUACGACGGGUUCAUCUCAAGAUUAUAUUUGCCUGAUGAGAUAACCAUACGGACUACUGAUUACUCGAGGACCCAGAUGACAGCUUUGGCUGCUUUGUCAGCUCUGUACCCACCUCCACCUGCCCAGAAAUGGAACCCGAACCUGGAUUGGCAACCCAUCCCUUAUAAUACACCACCGUUUGAUGACGAUGACCUUCUAUACUGGUACAACUGUCCACGAUACUUAUGGCUUAGAGACAAGACCUAUGAGCGACCCGAGGUUAAGAAAUGGAUAGAACCAUACCAAAGCUUAUUUCGCUAUAUUAGCGAAAAAACUAUGACGAAUAUUACGAAACCUGAAGAUGUUUUCUUUUUAGAUAAUUUAUUCCAAACGUUGAAUAACGUAGGUGUCCGAACACCGAAAUGGGCGCAAGAAAUAAUGCCACAAAUCAAAGCCUUAACUAAGAUUGAGUACGCUAUAGAAUUUUAUAAUGCUGAGUUGAUUCAACUAGCGUCAGGUGUUCUAAUGCAAUCAAUAGUAAACACAACGAGUUCUGUUGUACACAAUACAACGUAUCCUAUAGAACCGAGGUUAUAUCUGUACUCGGCGCAUGAAAACAACGUGGCUGCCUUGAUGGCCGCCUCCAGAGUUUUCGAACCCCACCAGCCUAACUACGGGUCUACAUUCUCUUUAGAACUGAGAAGGAAUAAGAAUACUGGAGAAUAUGGAAUGAGUGCGGUGUACGCGCGUGACGCAGGCGGGCCUAAAGAGGUACUUCCCAUUGGAGGCUGCGGGGGUCAGCUAGUCUGCGAUUACGACAAGUUCGUGAACCUCGUACAAGAAGUCAUGUUCUCUAAAGAAGAAAUGGAUAACAAAUGCAAAGAUUUAACGUCAUAGUACAUACCUACCGUAGAUGUAUAAGUUUUUAGAUAUAGUUGACACGAAUAAAGUGGCUGUGAUUUUUA